UUUUCAUCCUCUACGAAUUCAUACGAGGUGUCAGUUUAAUUUACCUUGGUAGUGGAACAACAUGGAUUUGUACUUACUUAUCUUUAGUGUGUUCUUAUUUGGAGCAAAGGGACUUCUAAUUAACCAAAACCAGACUCAUCAUUUAAGUGUGUCAGAGAGAUUGGAUGAGCUGGAGAAGCAGCUAGCAGACGAGAAAAGGCAAAGGUAUCUGUUACAAAUGAAAUACGAUCAGGAAAUAGAACACAUGAAUUCAACAGACCAGAAACUGCUCCAAGUGUACCAAACAGCUCCGAAACAAUUUCAUGAUAUUUCAGUCCAAAUUAAAGGUGCUUUGUUGAGCAUUAAUAACCUAGACAAUAGGCAAAAUCUUGACAAACAAGAAGUUCUGGGAAAACUGGGAGAUCUAAAGACAUCCUUGAGUGAUUUGGCAUUGAACCAAUCUGAUAUAGCCAACCUUCAGCGAUACUUCCAAGAAAAGGAAAAUAUUCACACUAGCAUGAUAGAAACUCUAAAACGCAACGAAUCCUCCAAUGAUGAGAAAAUUACCAAGCUGCAGUUAAGUCUCACCAGUCUUGCCAACAGCGUAAGGACUUUAGAAACUACCGUGAAUGCAAACACAAAUAAACAGACCAGCUUACAAACAAAGCUCCAAGGAAUUAUGGAUCCCAUUGUUUUUCUUGCCGUGCCAUUGCAAACUUUCAGUUUUUGGCCAGAUAUAGGUUUUCAUGCCCCGACAGUUUUCCAAAAUAGCGCAGUCAAAUUUUCAACCGUAAAGAUAAACGUAGGAGGAGGUUACAACAGUAAUACCGGGGUAUUCACCUGUCCGUCGGCGGGCUACUAUACCUUCCAUUGGAGCCUCACGUCCUAUAGGAACGAGCAUCGAUGUACCUCAGCCAUAGUCAAGAAUGGAAACGAAAUAAUGUGGAACGAGGAUGGAAGCAAUAUGGCCACUUUUCACAUGAAUAUCAAUGACCAAACUUUUAUCAGAGCCAGUGCAAACUGCACCACCGUUUCGUUUCGUUCCUCGUUCUCAGGAUUCAAAAUCGUUUAAGUCAUCUUGUGAAGUUUUUAACAGACUAAUUUAAAUAUAUGUAUUCAAUGUAAAAAUUAAAUUUAAACUAGAUGUUAUGUUCUUGCGAACAAAGGUCUUCCGUUCUUAAUCCUUAUAAUUAUACAUAUUCCACAGUAUAAUCAGUAAUUACGUGUAUUUCCUUAAUUUUAAGAACAACAUGUACCUGAAAUUCCUAUUCUGCUUAAUACUUACAUUUACUGAAUUUGUCAAUACAUUUUACACACAUUUAAAAAUAUGAACAGACAUAUGCAUUAAAUUCAAAUGGUUAUCGCACCAUAGUUACCUUACCAAAUUAAAUCUACAGCGGCUUUCACCAAGAAGUUCUUGGUUUCAAAAUGAUAUUUCAGCCCAACUUUUAUUGCAAAAAAAAAAAA